AUGCUUAAGACAUACACUGGAGAGCCAUUGGCACCAGAAGGGGUCAUCAAAGUACAAGUAAAAUUAAAUAAGCAGUGUGCUGAUUUGCCCUUGUACGUAGUGAAAGUUGAUGCACCUCCACUGUUUGGUAGAGAGUGGCUGAGGGUUAUUAAACUGAACUGGAAAGACUUAAAGACUGUGCAUGCCAUUGAGCGAAGAGAGAAAGACAACUUAAAGACGGUGUUAAAGAGACACUCAGCUGUUUUCUCUACAGAGUUAGGCACAAUGAAACAGAUUAAAGCCACACUGACUGUUAGACCUAACAGUGUACCCAAAUUCUGCCCCCCACGUAAUGUGCCCUAUGCUCUUCGACCUCGGGUGGAGGCCGAGCUGAAGCGCCUAACUGAGCUUGGGGUGAUCUCACCAUUGGAGAAUAGUGAGUGGGCCACACCUGUGGUGCCUGUAAUCAAGAAGGAUGGCACAGUGAGACUGUGUGGCGAUUUCAAGGUCACCCUCAACCAAGUUCUCUGCGUGGAUAGAUAUCCAAUACCACGCAUUGAAGACAUUUUUGCCUCUCUAGCAGGAGGGCAACACUUCAGUAAGUUAGACUUAUCGAAUGCCUAUCUACAGAUGGAGGUAGAAGAGAAGUGUAGGAAGCUGCUGACUAUCUCCACACAAAAAGGGCUAUUCCGCUUUAAUCGCUUGCCCUUUGGCGUAGCGUCAUCACCUGGCUUGUUCCAAAAGGCUAUGGACCAAGUACUGCUUGGACUGCCUUACACACACUGUUACCUGGACGACAUCCUCAUCAGUGGUCCUGAUGAACAGACUCACCUCAAAGCGCUGGAUUCAGUCCUCGGCAGGCUAGAGGAGUAUGGCCUGCAUCUCAAACAAGAGAAGUGUCUGUUUUUCCAGGAGUCUGUGGAAUACUUGGGCCACAUCAUUGACGCGGCUGGGCUCCACAAAUCACCCGAGAAGGUACGUGCUAUUGUGGAAGCACCAGCACCAUGUGAUGUCAGCCAGCUACGUUCUUUCCUAGGGAUGCUGAACUAUUAUGGACGUUUCAUUCCUGAUCUAGCCACUGUCCUAAAACCACUGAAUGAACUGCUUAACAAAGGGAAGCAAUGGCAGUGGACAGUAGACUGUGAGUCAGCUUUCCAGAAAGCAAAAGCACUUCUAGUAUCACAGGAAGUAUUGACUCACUACAAUCCUGAGCUGCCCCUUCGCCUUGCAUGCGAUGCUUCACCAUAUGGGGUCGGAGCUGUGCUCUCGCACGCUAUGCCUGAUGGAGAGGAACGACCUAUAGCGUAUGCUUCACGAACACUCAGCAAGGCAGAACAAAACUAUGCUCAGAUAGAGAGGGAAGCGCUAGCGAUAGUCUUUGGAGUUCGCAAGUUCCAUCAGUACCUCUAUGGUAACAAGUUUACCCUACUCACUGACCAUCGCCCGCUGACCUCCAUCUUAAGUCCAGUGAAAAGUACGCCGUCAAUGGCUGCAGCCCGAAUGCAGCGCUGGGCACUGCUCCUAUCAGCGCAUGAGUAUACCAUCCAAUACCGGAAAGGUGCACUACAUGCAAAUGCAGAUGGACUUUCACGCUUACCACUCUCCCACACACAUAAAGAGAAGCUAGGCGCAGUAGAGGUGUUCUACACAUCUGAGUUGGACACACUACCAGUCAGUAACACUGAGAUCAAACGUGACACCCUGUCUGACCCCACCUUGUCUCGUGUCCAAGAAAUUGUCUCAACUGGUCGUUUUCCAGCUGCAAAGGACGCAGGCGAAGAGCUGUCGCCCUAUCUGUUGAGCCGGCAUGAUCUCACCAUACAACAGGGAUGCCUCAUGUGGGGUAUGAGAGUGAUUGUGCCACCUAAACUGCACCCCCGGGUUCUGAAAGAGCUCCACACAGCACAUCCAGGUGUAGUGAGGAUGAAGAGCUUGGCACGCAGUUAUGUGUGGUGGCCCGGCAUCGACUCUCAAAUUGAGCUUCACGCUAAAUCCUGCCCCCCGUGUCAGAGCGUACAAAAAGCACCUGGGCUAGCACCUCUACACCCUUGGAUGUGGCCCUUCAGUCCUUGGGAAAGGAUACAUGUGGAUUUUGCAGGUCCUUUUGAAGGACAUAUGUACCUGAUCACUGUGGACGCCCAUUCCAAGUGGCCUGAAGUGCAUAUCAUGGACAGCACUACAGCCAGCAAGACCAUUCAAGUGCUCAGGGGCCUUUUUAGUCGCCAUGGAAUUCCGCACAUCCUUGUGAGCGACAACGGACCUCAGUUCUGCUCUGAAGAAUUCAGUGCAUUCUUGAAGUCCAAUGGAGUCAAACACAUCUGCUCAGCGCCGUAUCAUCCUGCUACCAAUGGCUUGGCCGAGCGUUUUGUGCGCACAUUCAAACAGGCUUUAAAAUCAUCCAAAGGCACCGGAAUGGUGCAACAACGCCUUGACACGUUCCUGCUGGCAUACCGCAACAUCCCCCACACCACAACAACUGAAACGCCAGCCAUGUUGUUCCUUGGACGCCGGCUGCGUUCUCGUCUGGAUUUCCUGAAACCCAGUGUUGCUGGAACAGUGCACAGAUCACAGGAUGCCCAACAACAACGCCGCCAUCAACACUCAAAGGACAGGCAGUUUGAUGUUGGGGAUCCAGUCCUUGUGCGUGACUAUAGGAAGGGGGAGGAGAAGUGGACACAAGGUACUGUUGUGGAAAAGACAGGCCCAGUGUCGUACAGGGUAAAUGUGGGAGUACCAGGGGUAUGGAAACGCCAUGUGGAUCAGAUGCUGACACGCCCCGAUCCAGAGCUGCAGCAGACUGCAGUGAACCUUUCUCUACCAGAGGACCUAUCUCAGAGUGAUAUCUGCACCACACUUCACUCUAAAACACCUCCCCCACAAGAGCCUGACGAUCGAGUUCCUCAGCACACAGAAUCGCCACAAACACACCAGUCCACUGAACCACCACAGACUGGUGUAACUGCAGUAACAGAGACAGUAAGACGCUAUCCUGUGAGGAUCACUCAACCACCCGUACGUUACGGUACUGAGUGA